AUGUUGCCCAGAAAAUUGAAGCUAAAUGCAAACAAUACACGGAGACAACAAUUGAUAUCGGUCAAUCAGAAUGAUGUAGACAAUUUCAAGCUAAGAUUCCAGCCCAGUAGGUGUGGACAAACAGAUUGUGAGAAAAAUGUGACUCUACAUAGCUCCAGAGUGACCAGGUCAAACACAGACCAGGCUUUCAAAACUGACAAACUGGCCAGGAUAACUGACAAACUGGUCAGGAAAACUGACAGAAAUGGAGAGCAAGAAAAACGGUUUCUGUGUGAUAUCUGUUCAGCCAUGUUCAAAACAUCAACUAAUUUAAGAGAACACAGGAAAAUUCAUUCCGACAUGAAGGAGUACAAAUGUGCACACUGUAACUAUGCCUGCCACAGAGAGAGAAACCUCAAAACUCACAUCCUGACACAUAGCCAGACCAAGCCAAUCCAGUGCCCUAAGUGUGAGUACACUUGUAUACAGAACUUCCAGCUGAAGGCACACUUGCUGUUGCAUGAGACUGAGACCCCAUUCCGCUGCACCUUGUGUCCAGCUACUUACAAAAAAGAAGCAGGCUUGAAAGUUCACACACUGACUCAUUCCAACAUGCACAAAUUCAGAUGUUUAGACUGCAAGUAUGUCAGCAACAGGUAUGCUGAUUUUCGGCGCCACCUGUUCAUUCACUCCAAGUCCAGGCCCAUCAGAUGUCCUUACUGCAGCUAUUCUUGUAUCCGCCAGUCUCGUCUCCGAGCCCACAUGCUGGUCCACAGGGGCAAGGUGGUUGGUGGUGAGACUGAGACCCUAUUGUCAAGUCUGGACAAGAGCAUCCUGCACUGUGAUUCUUGUGACUAUGUUUGCACAGUUGCAUCUCGUUUAAAGAAACAUCAAGAGUCACACGUGCGUCUGCACUCCUACACUUGCAGCACAUGCCAGUUCUGCUGCAGUGAUGCCUCUACUCUGGAAGAACAUAAACUCACUCACACACCUGGCCAGGUUUCUGUCUCUGAUCACCUGCACUCAGUCGCCAGUUUGCCACCUGCUUCACAUCAGGUCAAGGACUCUCAGCAACUGUCUGCUGUUGAUGACAAAGUUCCCGUAACAGCUGGUGGUGAGACCCUGCUCAUGGCUGCACCUGCUCAGAUAUUUUCACAGUCUGCCAACCGUCCGCAGAUAUUUCACUCCUCGGAGCAUCCAGCUAUUAUAUUUACAACUGUCAGCCAGCCGGAGGAGCUGGCAACAAAUCAGAAUGAAGAGGGACUUGUUUGUUCUGACAUUCACUCAUGGAGUACUGAGGUUAUAGACUGGCAGCAACACUUUGCUGUCCACGACUUGGCCAUGUUGACACUAGACCAUGUAACAUUGGAUCAUGUGACCCUGGGGCCAACUCAGAACUGCCUAGUGGCGGUGGUCAGUGAAGACAAUCAGCAGCUUCCACCGUUGGAGAUUAUCAAGCAAGAAAUUGAGCUGCCCAUGGAGCUGACUGCUGCGGCAGACAGGCAGGAAGAGACAGGUCUGUCUCUCCAUGUUAGCGAUCAGCUGCCAGAUGACCAGGAAGCACCAGUGAGACAUCACUCCACAGCCAAGAUGUACCACUGCAACCGCUGCCAGUUCUCCUGUGAUUACAAGUCCACUUUCAAAAAACAUGUGAGAAAACAUGCCCUAGUGAAAAACUACAAGUGUGCCCAUUGUGAGUAUAUGUGUGAUGAGUUUUCACGAAUGAAAAAACAUUUGCUUGUUCACACAGACCAGAAGACAUUUCAGUGUGAGUUGUGUGAGUAUGCCUGCAAGAGUAAGGGUACGCUACACCAGCACCUGAGGACACACACCAACGCAGAGAGCACCGUGUACCAGUGUACACAGUGUGACUACACCUGUAAAAGUGCUGCAGGCCUCAAGUCUCACCUGGCUAAACAUCUCGGUGACAAUCUCUAUCAGUGUGACUUGUGUCAGGUGGCUUGCAGGUCGGCCUACCUGCUGAAGAAACAUAAAUUCAGCCAUGGCCAGAAGCCGAUCCAGUGCCAGUACUGCAGCUACAGCUGUGUCCAGCAGCAGCAGAUGAACAUCCACCAGCUGCAGCACAGCUACCAGUACCCGUUCUGCUGCUCUGUCUGUAAUGCCAAGUAUAAGAAGGAGGACAGUCUGAGGGUUCACAUGUUGUCCAAACAUGAACAGAGGCACCGCUUCAACUGUAGCCUGUGUAAUUAUGCUGGCAACCGGGCUGCAGACUUCAGAGAACACAUGCUGACCCACUCAGAGCAGAAGCCCCACCAAUGCCCCCAAUGUGCCUACUCUUGUAUACGAGCCAUCCAGUUAAGGAAACACAUGUUGACACAUGACAGGGACACAAACACCAAGUCUGCAGUCAGAGUAUCCAAGAAGAAAAAGUACCGAUGUGUGUUAUGUGAGUUCACGUGCACUCGCAUGUUGCGCUUGAAGGCUCACUUGUCUAAGGUUCAUCUGGACUUGCAGGAUAAUGUUGUCUUUAGUAUAGAUCUGUCACAGUUAGAGAGAUCAUAG